AUGUAGUCCAGACUAUUUUAUUUAAAAGCAUAAUACACCAUAUACUUUGAAGCUUUAUUUUCUAAUGCAAUCAUAAACAUGUUAAGUUUUAUUAACUUACUAGCAUCCCCACCUACUAUAUUCUAUUUUCCUUUAUCUGCUCAAGCACUUUCAAACAUAUUUUAUUUUAGGAUUUUUAUUUUUAUCUUCCACAGCUAGAUUUUGUUGUUUCUCCUUUAUUUCACAUGCGCUUGUAAGGGGUAUGAGCAUCAUCACAGUGAAAUGUUUCUAGGCUACAGAAUGCCCUACAAAUGGCAAAUGGUAAUUCUCUUCUAUUCUAGCUCUUAAUUAGUUGCUUUCACUGUUUCUAAAUAUACCUGUGGCUAAAUUUGUAUUAAAACACUCAAAAGUACCACUUCUCAGUCUGGAAACAAUUGCCAAGAGUCUAAUUUGGUUCUGGACUUUGGUCAACCUGUGUGCCUUGUUAGUUCUCUCUAGCAGUUGGUGAGUAAGGAAAUGACCCUUCAAUUUCCUCUUCUUUGUCCUCUGACCUCUAAGGUGACUUAAUUUUUCUAAAUGUUUCCAAGUCAUCAAUAUUUUUCCAAGGGCUCAAUAUUUUAUGAAUUUUACAAAUAGUACAUGAAGAGUGAGAGAAAGGUUCUAUAAUUUUUUAGACUUUGAAAAUUCAUUUUUAUUGUACACAUUCCAGAAACAUAUUGGAUUGGAUCUUAGAGUGAAGAAAGCCUUCCAGACAAUUCAUCUAAUCCAUUCAUUUCUUCAUUCAUUCAUUCAAUAAAUAGUUAAUUGAGUGCUUGCUUCCUAAGUACCAGGCUCUAGGCUGUGUACUGAGGGAGCAGAGAUACAGUGAGCAGGAUCUCUAUCUUUCCCUCCCCACCUCACUCCCCUCCUCCCCAUACUACCCACCCUCACCCUGGCAAGGCACUUAGUGCUGAUAAAGGAGAACCUUACCUGAAUGACAAUCACCCAGAGUAAACAGUGAAACAGUAAUGCAAUGUAAGAGGUAACGUUUUUAAAGGUAAUUCUGUGCAAUGAAGUAUAAAACCAAACUAUCAUAAAUAGUCUAGCUACAGUGUAACCACUAUUAUCAUCUCUUUGGAGUUACAUAGCAAAAAGGAAUAAAACCACCAAAAUAAAAUAAAAUAAAACAGUUUUUGCAGAAUAGAGCCUAGUAUUAUGGCCUAAAGAUAGCCAUAUACUUGUGCUAUCUGAAGAUCUACUUUGUAAAGAUGACUACUAAGAUUGUAAAUACAAAAAUCACAAAUGUACUUAAAUUUUCUGGACUAUCCAUGUUUUACAGGCAAUAUUUACUACAUAUUUAAGUGGCUUAAAAGAUAAUAUUUCGCUUAAGUGUCUUUUACCAAUACAAUGAUAAAACACUUACCUUAAUACUGAUAGGGAAAAUUAAGGAUUGUAUAUAGGUAUAUUUUGCUUCACAAUGGUUGUGUAAAAAGUCACAUGUAAAUUGAAGUUUCAUAAACCAAAUUGUAUUUUAAAUGCAUUAAGGGAGCUGCCAUUUAAAGGAAACUUCCGAAUCAUUUUCUAAAGCAGAAAACCCAUUUUAGAAUACAAAGAAUCAUUCUCUAAUUUAUCUGUUUUGUAUAUUUGGAUUUUCAAUAUGAGCUUUGCUUAAAACAGAGAUCACCUGCAUAAUAAGUGUGUUCUGCCAAGGCUGCUUGUGCUACAAGUUUGUUGGUUGCCAAGGUCUCAUGCUUAAAAGUCUGUUGUAGUUUGGUGUGAAUUGAGCUGUCAAGUGAUUCAAUGAUGGCACAGUAGCAUUCCUUAACAGUCUGAGUAGUCAACCCAUUUUAACUCGAUGCAGGACUCUUCUGCUCAGCAGUGUCUCUUAUCUCAGAUGUGGCCAUGUUUCAGUAGAGGGUAGAGUGACUCCUGUAUUCAUAUUCUAUAAAGUUCUUAGAGUCACAAGUUUCAUAAUAAAUAUACGUUAUUAUGUAAACAUAUUGAAUUGCAUGUGUAUUAGAAUUUUUUAGCAGUAUUUUAGCUUGAAAGUACUUGUACAAACACUGUUAAAUUUAGUUGCAAAUAAUUGUUCUCAAGUUAUUGGAAUAAAUGACAAAUGAAACAAGCUCUUAUGUAAAUAGACUUCUGUGCCAAAUAGUGACAUUUUUUUCCAAACGAUAAAUGUCAUAUUUUGGGCUGUUAGUAGGCAAAAUGCAAUAUUGGAAAUGUGAUCAAAUGAUAUUGUAUUUUAUUGGAUAAACUGUUUAUACGGUUAUUUUAUGCUGUAGUUAACUUUCAGUUAAUAAAUAAAUAUUCUCUAAAAAUAAAUCUUUAAAUUAGU